AUGGAUCUGUUGGUUGAUGCAGGUUUGAUGAAGACUGUCAAGGACAUUGGCAGAUGCUUCUCUCAAUUACUUAGGAAAUUCAUUGUGAAUAUCCCUACUGACUGUGAUGAUGAUAGUAGCUCUGAGUUCAUGAAGGUCUAUGUCAGAGGAAAGUGUGUAAAUUUCUCUCCUGAAGUUGUUAAUGAGUUUUUGGGAAGAAGUCCGGUUGCUGGAACCGAUGAAGAACCUGGUUUGAAUAGGGUUGCUAAGACCCUGACUGGCAAGAUGGUCAAGAAGUGGACAAAGAAAGGAUUGCUUCCCUUUGGGAAGUUAACUACCAUGUAUGUUGUCCUCUUCAAGAUUGGCUGUGCAAAUUGGAUGGCCACCAAUCACUUCUCUGGUGUAACUCCUCCCCUUGCCCGAAUGCUCUAUCUGAUUGGUACUCGUGGUGAGUUUGAUUUUGGCAAACUUGUUUUUGACCAGACUCUGAAGCAUGCAGGUUCUUAUGCUGUGAGACUGCCAAUCCUGUUUCCAUGCCUCUUGUCUGAACUAAUUGUCAAACAACACCCUCAUGUUGUGAGGGCUGAUGAACCACAAGGUAAGAGACCUUUGCCUCUCAAGUUUGAUUAUCACUUGUUUGCUGGGACACAUGUUCCAGACAUUGUGCUAUCUGCAUCAAAGGGUUCCGCUAGUACCAGUGGUACUCAGGCAGUUGGUUCAAGCAAAGAUGAUAUUUUGGCUGAAUUUAGGGCUGUCUCCAAGUCCUUGGAUGACACUAUUCAGGCUUGCAAGAUUAGGAAGCUGAAUGUGGACAAGCUCAUCAAGGCCAUGACACAGGUUCCUGCUGCUGCUGCUGAGGAAGGUAAUAUUGCAGAGGAUACUGAGCAUGUUGAGGAUGACACUGCUGCUGUUGAGGAAGAGGAAGCUCAGUAUGAGACUGCUGGAGAACAUGAUGGUGAGUCUGAAAAGGAAAAUGAGGAGUCUGAUGCAGAAGAAAAAGAGGAUGUCACUGGCUCCACAAGUUCUGCCACUCGUAGCACAUAUCUUUAA